AUGGAUACAUACAAUCUUACAGUGCUCAAGUACUUCAUUCUAACUGGAAUCACAGGUCUCCCUGAGUUGGAGGCCCCCUUAUUUGGACUUUUCCUCAUUGUAUACAUGAUCUCUGUGGUGGGUAAUUUGGGCUUGAUCAUCCUCACCAAAAUAGACUCCAGGCUUCAGACACCUAUGUACUUCUUCCUUAGACAGCUGUCUUUCACUGACCUUGGCUAUUCAACUGCUGUAGGGCCCAAAAUGUUAAUAAACUUCAUUGUUGAUCAACCUACAAUUUCCUAUCAUUGGUGCUCAAUCCAGCUGACCUUCUUCAGUGUGUUUAUCACUACUGAAGUUUUUGUUCUGUCAGCCAUGGCUUAUGACCGCUAUGUAGCCAUCUGCCAUCCACUACUGUACACAAUUAUCAUGUCACAAAGAUUGUGCCAUGUGCUGGUGGCAAUACCUUACCUCUAUAGUAUUUUUAUAUCUUUAUUGACAAUUAUCAAGAUUUUCAUUUCAUCAUUUUGUGGCCAUAAUAUCAUCAGACAUUUCUACUGUGACAGUCUGCCACUGAUAUCAUUGCUGUGCUCAGACACACAUGAAAUUAAGCUGAUAAUUUUAAUCUUUGCAACUUUUAAUUUGGUUUCUUCUCUUCUGGUGAUCUCCAUAUCCUACAUCCUGAUCCUUGUAGCAAUUCUUAGGAUGAACUCUUCAGAGGGCAGGCACAAGGCCUUUUCUACCUGUGGCUCCCAUCUGACAGUGAUAGUUAUAUUCUAUGGGACUCUAUUUUUUAUGUAUGCACAGCCAAAGUCCAAUCACUCAUUUGAAACUGGUCAAAUGGCCUCUGUGUUCUAUACACUGGUUAUACCCAUGCUGAAUCCCAUGAUCUACAGUUUGAGGAACAAAGAGGUGAAGCAGGCCAUUCAUAGAAAAUGUAAAAUGUGUGUGAAUAUUCUACUUAAAUUGUAA